ACGAAAAGUUGUGUUCAUUUUAUAAGUUGGUUCAGGAGAUCUGUUUAAGCACUACAACGGUUCCAAACUAAACAACAUCAAGUUUAUAUGGACUUUGUGACCUAUUAACUCCAUCAGUUUUGAUUUUUCUUCCUACAGGAUGUAUGUUCUCUCUGUCCUCGGUGUUCUAGGAUUAGUUCUGGGAGUAGGAGGACAAGAAGAUUGUAAAACUAUUGAUAUUGAUAUUGGAUCUACUUGGUUAAAUAUAUCCUGGCUGCUUCACUGUGAAAUAUCACCAGAAGAUGUACUAUUCGUCAGAAGUUACCAUGUGAAGUUGGAGGAUGUAAGUACAGGUUAUUACAAUUACACUCUUAAUGUCUUCUGUACUCGAACUUCGUGUACGCAGUACAUAGAAAAUCUCAGGAGUUGUAUAAAGUACAAUGUGAGUUUACAAGCGGAAAUGGAUGAUGGUGAAUUGUUUGAUUAUAAUUCUCAGGAAAUAGUGCUAAAAGAAGAAUUGCCCAGUACACCUCAGAACCUUCUAAUAUCUGAUGAGACGAGUAGUAGCCUACAGGUCAGCUGGGUACCACCACAGGAAGGAGAAUACUGCGUACAUCAUUAUAAAGUUUAUUUGAAUGAUCUAACCUCGAACCAAGAAUAUCAAGUGAGUCUGGAGACAGAAGAACUAUCCCUAGAGAUAAAAGAAUUGCAGGCCUGUGUUGGGUAUGGAGUAACUGUCACCCCUGUAACUGGGUCUGGGAAUGAGGGAAGGAUGGUAUCUACAGAAACAUAUGUUUUAGGAAGGAUGGUAUCAACUUCUGGAGCAACUAGUUUUGAAAACCCAAGUAGACCAUCCCAACUCAGACCUAAGGAUAGUGGUUCUAAUUAUGUCUCCUUCUACUGGGUUCCUGGUUCCAACUAUAGUUCCUGUCUGCGUGGAACCUCAGCUUUAUGUGUACAAUCCGAGUUCCAAGAUCAGCCAGCAGGUUAAAAUA